UCUCCCCUCAUUUUCAUCUACUUAUUCUACUUCAAGACCUUCAAAUGACCGAAAAAGGCCUUAUCCCUGUUCUCUAUGCUCAUCUCGAUUUGGAUCCAAAAUGGAAUUAGAAGAACAUCAAAAUUCACAUACAGGCCAAAAACCCUUUCAAUGCGAUGUUUGCCAAUCACGUUUUAACCGUCGUUCUACACUUUGGAAUCAUAAAAGAAUACAUAGUGAUGCAAAACCUUUUAUUUGCACUGUUUGUCAUAUGCAAUUUAAAUGGAAAAAUUCAUUAAAAUGUCACAAGGAAAUGCAUCUUCGAAAAAAUGAAUUACAAGCAAGCUCCUUCCCAGAAGUGGAUGCUACACAAAUGUUGACAUAUGCAACUGCUGCAAAAAAGAAAAUGGUGGGCGAAUUAACUGGCAAAGAUCCAUCUACAAUAACUUUACUUCCAACAACUUCAAAUAACACUUCUCGAUUUUUAACGUGUGCAGGAACUCCUCGUAAAAGAGCCCCACCUAAAACACAAAAAAAUAUUACUAAAAUUCCAAAAACUUUUGAAGAAGAAAAUAUACCAUUACCAACAUCCACUACAACAACUUCAUUUUCUCUUCCAUUUCUUCCCCAAACUUCAUCCUCCUCCCAAAAUUCUAAUUUUUCUCAUCAAUUUUUUGGAAAAGAAAUAAAAAAUAAUGAAAAUCAAAUAAAUAAUUCUGAACAAAUUUUGGAAAAUAAUUUAAUUGGAGAAUCUAGUACAUCUUUAUUAAGACCUCAACCAUUAACAACAACUUCAUUAAAUAAUGAAUUAAUUAUUUCUAAUCAAAUAAUUACAGAAAGUAAACAAAUAAAUACAACAUCCAACACUGGGCUAGUUUUUCUUUUAAUUUAA